AUGUCUGAUACAGACAUAAUACUUCAAAGUGAACAAGUUCACCACAGGAUGAAUUCUGUCCCUGAUUUCUCAUCUUCAUGGGAAACGGAUCUGACAGAACCUCCUGCCGGUCUUGCUAGUGAUGAUGAAGAUUCUCAAUCAGUCCAGCGCUACAGUCGAACCAGUUCUCUGUGUGACGACAGUGGUUUUAAUAGCUCAACCAGUGAAGACAGAGAUGAUGCAAUGGACACACCGUUAAGACACAGAUGUGAUUUUGACAGCCUUAAAUCUCUCAUCAGAAAUGUUGAUAUUCAGGUAUGUGAUACUCCGGAUUCAUUACUCAGUAGUCAAACACACAGUUCUGAAGAAUCAAACAGUUCAGCUAUAUUGUCUUACAACUUUAAAAACUCUCCCGUUGAAAUGAAAAUAUCAAACAAUACAAUCUCAGAGGUGAAUUCACACUCACUUAUAUCAAACCUAGACUCUGGAAGUAAUAUUUCAGACAAUUCUUCAGUCAACAGUGAUAUUUCAAAUAGGAAUACAGGUAGAAUUAGCAGAAGACACAGAACUGAUAACCAAAACUCACAAGCUGUCCCUGGAGCACCUUUAACUCCCAGAGCACCUUCGACUCCUAGGGCAUCCAGAAGCAGAAGACACAGGACACGAGAUUUGAACAAUAAUGAUUCUGGGCGCAAAAAUCUCAACUCGUACUUAAGCACCCCUCCAUUCAAACUUCAGGACUGCUUUCAGAAUCAGGGACUUUUAUCACUUGUUGCAUGUAUUACAUACACAGUAUUCCUCAUGAUCAUAUUCUGCCUGCUUGGAGUCGUAUGCGAUUAUGUUAAAUCUGUUGUUGGAAAGCAGAAUUUGAGGGAACUCCGAGCAGACAUCGUCCAGUCCAGACACACACGGACAAACAUGGCGUCGGGCUGA